AUGACAUCCUACAGGCAAGAUCUCCCGGCCCUUUUGUUCGUUAAGAAAACACUGUUUUGUGCAAAGGUUUUAUCUACGAGCCUCAAGAGUGUCUCAACACAUUACGGAAGAUGUGAAGGUCAAGAACGCCCCUCAGGAGCUGGUGGAAGAGAUCCAUAUGGACGGAACAGUAGAAGUUGUGGAAGAUUGCUGGCACUGUUGAAACCAUCAGGAAUGGGAAGUUACUUUUUGAAUAAAAUGUUUGCAUUAUUAACAAGUGAUGGGCUUUCGUGUUAUAAGUACAGAGAAGUUGACUGCGGACAGGAUUUGAAUGAUCCUUUUGACACCGAAGACAGAAAGUUUAUAAAUCCCUUUAUUAGAGAUGAAGAAACUGGAUCACCUUAA